AUCCAGCCGCCGCCGCCGGUGCUGCCCGGGCCCUUCUUCAUGCCAUCCGACCGCUCCACGGAGCGCUGCGAGACCGUGUUGGAGGGCGAGACCAUCUCUUGCUUCGUGGUGGGCGGUGAGAAGCGCCUGUGCCUGCCGCAGAUCCUCAACUCCGUGCUGCGCGACUUCUCGCUGCAGCAGAUCAACUCAGUGUGCGACGAGCUGCACAUCUACUGUUCGCGCUGCACGGCCGAUCAGCUGGAAAUCCUCAAAGUCAUGGGCAUCCUGCCCUUCUCCGCGCCCUCGUGCGGGCUCAUCACCAAGACGGACGCCGAACGCCUGUGCAACGCGCUGCUCUACGGCGGCGCCUACCCGCCGCCCUGCAAGAAGGAGCUGGCCGCCAGCCUGGCGCUGGGCCUGGAGCUCAGUGAGCGCAGUGUCCGCGUGUACCACGAAUGCUUCGGCAAGUGCAAGGGGCUGCUGGUGCCCGAGCUGUACAGCAGCCCCAGCGCAGCCUGUAUCCAGUGCCUCGAUUGCCGCCUCAUGUACCCGCCUCACAAGUUCGUGGUGCACUCGCACAAGGCCUUGGAGAACCGGACCUGCCACUGGGGCUUCGACUCGGCCAACUGGCGGGCCUACAUCCUGCUGAGCCAGGACUACACCGGCAAGGAGGAGCAGGCCCGCCUAGGCCGCUGCCUUGACGACGUGAAAGAGAAGUUCGAUUAUGGCAACAAGUACAAGCGGCGGGUGCCCCGGGUCUCUUCUGAACCCCCGGCCUCCAUAAGACCCAAAAUAGAUGAUGCCUCCUCCCAGUCCCCUGCGUCUUCUGAGAAGGACAAGCAGUCCAGCUGGCUGCGGACCUUGGCCAGCUCCUCCAACAAGAGCCUGGGCUGCGUUCACCCUCGCCAGCGCCUCUCUGCUUUCCGACCCUGGUCCCCUGCAGUUUCGUCCAGUGAGAAAGAGAUCUCCCCGCACCUCCCAGCCCUGAUUAGAGACAGCUUUUACUCCUACAAGAGCUUCGAGACAGCAGGGGCUCCCAACGUGGCCCUUGCCCCACCAGCCCAGCAGAAGGUCGUGAACAGCCCGCCAUGCAACACCGUGGUCUCCCGGGCCCCCGAGCCUCUCCCCACUUGUAUCCAGCCCCGGAAGCGGAAGCUGAUUGCAGAUACCCCGGGAGCCCCAGAGACACUGGUGCCGGCUGCUGCUGCAGAGGAGGACAAGGACUCGGAGGCAGAGGUGGAAGUGGAGAGCAGAGAGGAGUUCACUUCCUCCUUGUCCUCGCUGUCCUCGCCAUCCUUCACCUCAUCCAGCUCCGCCAAGGAUCUGAGCUCCCCGGGCAUGCAUGCCCCUCCCGUAGCUGCCCUGGACGCUGCAGCCCACACUGAUGCCCCCAGUGGGCUGGAGGCAGAGCUGGAGCACCUGCGGCAGGCCCUAGAGGGUGGCCUGGACACCAAGGAAGCCAAAGAGAAGUUCCUGCAUGAAGUGGUCAAGAUGCGUGUGAAACAAGAGGAGAAGCUGAAUGCUGCAUUGCAGGCCAAGCGCAGCCUCCACCAGGAGCUGGAGUUCCUGCGUGUGGCCAAGAAGGAGAAACUUCGGGAAGCCACAGAGGCCAAGCGCAGCUUGCGGAAAGAGAUCGAGCGCCUCCGUGCUGAGAAUGAGAAGAAGAUGAAAGAGGCCAACGAGUCACGGGUGCGCCUGAAACGGGAGCUGGAGCAGGCGCGGCAGGUCCGGGUGUGCGACAAAGGCUGCGAGGCUGGCCGUCUGCGUGCCAAGUACUCGGCCCAGAUCGAGGACCUGCAGGCAAAGCUGCAGCAUGCCGAGGCCGACCGAGAGCAGCUGCGGGCCGACCUGCUGCGGGAACGCGAGGCGCGUGAGCACCUGGAGAAGGUGGUGAAGGGGCUGCAGGAGCAGCUGUGGCCACGGCCGCGCCCCGAGAAUGGAGGCGGCGGGGAGGGCACCUCUGAGAUCGGCAGCACCACAUUGGGCACACGACAAGGACCUGGCUCUUCCCGAUGCUGCGAGGAAGAGCAGGGAGAGUGCCGCGUGCGAGAUGAGCCCAGCACUGCCGCCUUACCGCUGCUGCCCCGUGUCCGUGCUGCUGCCCUGCAGGCCCUGGGCAGGCAGGGCGCCCCCUGUGACCCGCCUGCAGGUGGCAACGUGCCGGGCCCCGCUGUGGGAUUAGCUCCAGAGGAAUGCGCUUCGUGCUGCCAUCAGGCAGAGCUGCUCCUCGCCCUGCCCCGUGACUGUGGCACCUCGGUGUCCUCACCUGGUGCUGUCCCUGAUGGUGGGAAGCAUUGUGUCAGCCCUGGGACAGCCCCGCUGUCCUAUGAGCUGGUCGCUUUGGGCUCGCACCUCUGGGAUGGGCAGGCACCUCUCCGGCAGCUGGGCACUGGGCCUCCGGACAGCUCUGCUGCUCCCACCUCACCGCUGGUCCCAGCUGGUGGGGGGCAGGGGGACUGGCAGAACACUGGGUUGUCCCGGCCACUCCGUUGUAGGGCCACCGUGCCUGGCUCCACUGGCGAGAACUAG